GCUCCGCUCCUCGGGUUUGUUUGGUCCUGGCUGAGGCCUUCCUGGUGCCAGCAGCGGGUGAGGCAGAGGGAUUUGGGGCCGAUCUCGGGGGUGGAGGGGCACCUGGGCCACUGCGGGAGCCCCACCGCCGUCCCUGGGAAGCCGGCCGCGGACACCCGAAGCUGGCGCGUGCCGUGUUGAGCUAGUUCACCCGGCGCCUGCAGGGCUCGCCUGAGGAUGGUCUGGCAGCGUGGUGGGUGUGCGGAACCCCCACUUCACCCUCUCCUGAGUGAAGAAUUGAUUUAGGGACAUCUGACAGGUGCAGCUGCCUCACUUGUGGUAUCAGAUGUUAGAACAUGGGGCUCACCAGGCAGUACCUACGCUAUGUUGCCAGUGCAGUCUUUGGCCUUAUUGGCAGCCAGAAGGGUAAUAUUGUCUUUGUGACACUUCGUGGUGAAAAAGGACGCUAUGUGGCAGUACCAGCCUGUGAACAUGUUUUCAUCUGGGACUUAAGGAAAGGAGAGAAGAUUCUCAUCCUUCAGGGGCUUAAACACGAAGUCACUUUCUUGUGCCCCUCCCCAGAUGGGCUGCACUUAGCUGUUGGUUAUGAGGAUGGGUCUAUCCGAAUCUUCAGUCUCCUGAGUGGGGAAGGAAAUGUGACCUUCAAUGGACACAAAGCAGCAAUCACUUCCUUGAAGUAUGAUCAGCUAGGAGGCAGGCUGGCAUCUGGGUCCAAGGACACAGAUACUAUCGUGUGGGAUGUGAUCAAUGAAAGUGGCCUCUACCGUCUAAAGGGGCACAAGGACGCUGUUACACAAGCAUUGUUUCUACGAGACAAGAAUCUGCUAGUUACUAGUGGGAAAGAUACCAUGGUGAAAUGGUGGGACCUUGAUACCCAGCACUGCUUCAAAACAAUGGUUGGCCACCGAACUGAGGUGUGGGGGUUGGUUCUGGUGUCAGAAGAAAAGCGACUCAUCACUGGGGCUUCUGACAGUGAGCUGAGGGCUUGGGACAUAGCUUACCUGCAAGAGAUUGAAGACCCAGAAGAACCAGAGCCCAAGAAAGUCAAAGGGUCUUCCCCUGGAAUACAGGACACACAUGAAGCAGAAGAUGGUACCCUUGAGAUGGAUGAAGCUCCUGAGGAUCGCAUCCUUACAUGUAGAAAAGCUGGUUCCAUAAUGCGGGAAGGAAGGGACAGAGUUGUGAACCUUGCAGUCGACCGGACAGGCAGGAUUCUUGCUUGCCAUGGGACUGAUUCUGUGCUAGAAGUGUUUCGUAUCCUUUCCAAGGAGGAAAUUCAGAAGAAAAUAGACAAGAAGAUGAAGAAAGCUAAAAAGAAAGCAAAAUUAAAUUCUUGCAAAGAGGAGGAGGAAGACCUUGAAGUCAAUGUUGAAAUGACUCUGCAAGAUGAAAUCCAACGGGUGACUAACAUCAAAACUUCUGCCAAAAUCAAAUCCUUUGACUUGAUUCAUACUCCUCAAGGAGAGUUAAAGGCUGUCUUCCUUCUGCAAAACAACUUGGUGGAAUUAUAUUCACUGAAUCCAUCCAUGUCAGCUCCUCAGACUGUCAGGACAAACAGAAUUACCAUUGGGGGUCAUCGCAGUGAUGUGCGGACUUUGUCAUUCAGCUCAGACAAUAUCGCUGUCCUUUCAGCAGCAGCUGAUUCCGUUAAGAUAUGGAACAGGUCUACACUGCAGUGUAUUCGCACGAUGACCUGCGAAUAUGCACUUUGCUCAUUCUUUGUACCUGGUGAUCGGCAGGUGGUCAUAGGAACAAAGACAGGAAAGCUGCAGCUUUAUGACUUGGCCUCAGGAAAUCUGCUGGAGACAAUAGAUGCACAUGAUGGAGCUUUAUGGUCCUUGUCUCUCUCUCCAGAUCAGCGUGGCUUUGUGACAGGUGGUGCAGAUAAAUCUGUCAAGUUCUGGGAUUUUGAGUUGGUGAAAGAUGAAAACAGUACCCAGAAGAGGCUUUCUGUGAAGCAAACCCGAACCUUGCAACUAGAUGAAGAAGUUCUGUGUGUCAGUUACUCUCCCAAUCAAAAGCUGUUGGCUGUGUCUUUGCUGGACUGUACUGUGAAAGUUUUCUAUGUUGAUACUUUAAAGUUUUUUCUCUCACUAUAUGGACACAAACUGCCUGUCAUAUGCAUGGACAUCUCUUAUGAUGGAGCACUGAUAGCAACUGGCUCUGCUGACAGGAAUGUGAAGAUCUGGGGUCUGGACUUUGGGGACUGCCACAAGUCUCUGUUUGCACAUGAUGACAGUGUGAUGUACCUAAAGUUUGUACCCAAGUCUCACCUCUUCUUCACUGCUGGGAAAGACCAUAAGAUUAAGCAGUGGGAUGCAGACAAAUUUGAACACAUACAAACUCUGGAGGGGCAUCACCAGGAAAUAUGGUGCUUGGCUGUAAGCCCCAGUGGGGACUAUAUUGUAUCAUCGUCCCAUGACAAAUCUCUGAGACUUUGGGAGAGAACAAGGGAGCCUCUUAUUCUUGAGGAAGAAAGGGAGAUGCAAAGGGAGGCAGAAUAUGAGGAGAGUGUGGCCAAAGAAGACCAACCAGUAGUUCCGGGAGAGACUCAAGGUGACAAUUACUUUACUGGAAAGAAAACUAUUGAAACGGUCAAAGCAGCUGAGAGGAUCAUGGAGGCUAUUGAGCUAUACAGAGAAGAAACUGCAAAAAUGAGAGAACACAAAGCCAUUUGUAAAGCUGCAGGAAAAGAGGUUCCUCUUCCCAUCAACCCCAUCCUGAUGGCUUAUGGCAGUAUCUCUCCUUCAGCUUAUGUGUUGGAGAUUUUUAAAGGAAUCAAGUCAAGUGAGCUGGAAGAAUCUCUGCUUGUGCUGCCUUUCUCUUACGUCCCAGACAUUCUUAAGCUCUUUAAUGAAUUCAUCCAGCAGGGCUCUGAUAUUGAACUUCUAUGUAGGUGCCUCUUCUUUCUCCUCAGGAUUCACUUUGGCCAGAUCACUAGCAACCAAAUGCUUGUGCCAGUGAUUGAAAAAUUAAAGGAAACAACUAUUUCAAAAGUCAGCCAAGUCCGGGAUGUUAUCGGCUUCAACAUGGCAGGUCUUGAUUUUCUCAAGAGGGAAUGUGAGGCAAAAAGUGAAGUUAUGUUUUUUGCUGAUGCUACCAGCCACUUGGAAGAAAAGAAGAGGAAAAAGAAAAAGAGGGAGAAGCUGAUUUUAACAUUGACUUAGAACUGAAAUGUGGUGCCUUUUUCAACUUUGUCUUGAAAAGGACUUCCAAACUAAGCAGCAGAACCUAUGAAUGUGAUCUUAUUUGGAAUUUGGGUCUUUACAAAUAUAAUUAGUUAAGAUUGGUCAUUCUAGAUAAGAUUAAAUCCAAUGAUUUGCUUUUAUAAGAAUGCCAUGUGAUGGACAGCUACAUGUAAAAGAAUGAAAUUAGAACAUUCUCUAACAAACAAACACCAUACCCCAAAAUAAACUCAAAAUGGAUCAAAGACCUAAAUGUAAGGCCAGACACUAUAAAACUCUUCGGGGAAAAUAAAGAACACCCUUUGACGUAAACCUCAGCAAUAUCUUUUUGGAUCCACCUCAUAGAGUAAGGAAAAUAAAAACAAAAAUAAACAAAUGGGACCUAAUUAAACUUAAAGCUUUUGCACAACAAAGGAAACCAUAAACAAAAUGAAGAGACAGCCCCCAGAAUGGGAGAAAAUAUCUGCAAACAAAGCAACCAACAAGGGGUUAAUCUCUAAACUAUACAAACAGCUCUACGUUAAAAAAAAAAAACAAGGCACAUGAAAAGAUGCUCAACAUCACUAAUUAUCAGAGCGAUGCAAAUCAAAACUACAAUGAGGUACUACCUCACAUCGGUCAGAAUGUCCAUCAUCAAAAAGUUUACACACAAUAAAUGAUGGAGAGGGUGUGGAGAAAAGGGAACCCUCCUACACUGUUGGUACCACCACUAUGGAGAACAGUAUGGAGGUUCCUUAAAAAACUAAAAAUAGAACUACCAUAUGAUCCAGUAGUCCCACUCCCGGGCAUAUAUCUGGAGAAAACCAUAAUUCAAAAAGAUACAUGCACCCCAGUGUUCACUGCAGCACUAUUUAGAAUAGCCAAGACAUGGAAGCAACGUAAAUGUCCAUUGACAGAUGAAUGGAUAAAGAAGAUGUGGUACAUAUAUACAAUGGAAUAUUACUCAGCCGUAAAAAAUAAUGAAAUAAUGCCAUUUGCAGCAACAUGGAUGAACCGAGAGAUUAUCAUCCUAAAUGAAGUAAGACAGAGAAAGACAAAUAUCAUACGAUAUCACUCAUAUGUGGAAUUAAUUAAAAAAUGAUACAAAUGAACUUAUUUACAAAACAGAAACAGACUUACAGAUAUCAAAACAAACUUAUGGUUUCCAAAGGGGAAAUGUGGCGGGGAGGGAUAAAUCAGGAGCUUGGGAUAAACAUACACUACUAUAUAUAAGGUAGAUGGCCAACAAGGACCUGCUGUAUAGCACAGGGAACUCUAUUCAAUGUUGUGUGAUGACCUAUAUGAGAAAAGAAUCUAAAAUAGAAUAAUAUAUGUAUAUGUAUAACUUAAUCACUUUUCUGUACACCUGAAACUAGCACAACAUUGUACAUCUAUACUCCAGUAAAAUUAAAAUUAAAAAAAAAAAGAAUGCCAUGUGAGGACACACAGGGAGGGAGGCCACAUGACAGCAGAGGCAGAGAUUGGGAUUGGAGUGACAGCAGCUACAACCCUAGGAACACCAAGGAUCCUGUCUACCACCAGAAACUAGGAGAGAGGCAUGGAACAAAUUCCCUCAGUGCUUCCAGAAGGAACAAACUCUAAUACCUUGGUUUCAGACCUCCUAAACUGCAAGAGAAUAAAUAUCCAUUGUUUUAAGCCACCCAGUAUGGUCAUUUGUCAUGGCAGCCUCAGGAAACUGAUAACAAAUUUUGGUACCAGGAAGUGAGGUACUGCUAUAGCAAAUACCUAAAAAUAUGGAAGUGGCUUUGGAAUCAAGUAAUGGGUGAAACCGGGAAGAAUUUUGAGCUACAUGAUAGAAGAAAGUCUAGAUUACCUUGAAGAGACUGUUGUUGGUAGAAAUAAUGGACAGUAAAAGCACUUUUGGUGAGGGUUCAGAAGGAAGUGAUGGGGAAAGUAAAGAACACUUUAAGCAUCUUAGAGAAUUCCUACAUCAUGAAUAGAAUGUUGGUAUAAAUAUGAACAUUAAAGGUGAUUUUGCUAAGACCUCAGAUGGAAAUGAAGAAUAUGUUAUUGGACAGUGGAGGAAAAGUGAUCCUUGUUACGAAGUGGCAGAAAACUUGGCUGAAUUGUGUUCUGCUUUUGGGUAAAAAGUAGAACUUAUAAACAAUGAAAUUGGAUUUCCAGCUGACGUUUCCAAGCAAAACAUGGAAGAUGUGUCCUGGUUUCUUGCUGCUUAUAGUAAACAAGAGGAAAGGGGUAAACUGAGGAAGGAAAUGGUCAGCAAAAAGGAACCUGAACAUGAUUUGGAAAAUUCACAGCCAGUCCAUAUUGCAGGAAAUGCUAAGGCAUGCUCUGGAGCGUUCAUCAAGGGUGCAGCUGGAAAACCUAGUGGAGAAAUUAGAUUUGUGACCAUGAGUAUAAUCAACCAUCUCAGCAGAAGCUAGGAACAGAGGUGAGACUAUCCAGGAAGGACCUGUGGAGAACCCUCACGUCUAAUGGCAUGGAUCUCCUUGAUAUCCAUGAAGACUGAUGGUUUUUGAGAAUGUUCUAUCAGCAGAAACACUGCCUGCUUGGCCUGGCGGACAGAGACAAGAAAUGAAGGAAGGCUGCCAGACUUCUGGGCUUCUAUAAGCAGGAAAUGGGGUGCCCAGAGGAUAAGACUGUCCCAGGCUAACAACUGAGAGGGUGGGGACCACAAGGCAUCUGUGGGUCUAGAGGUGGGUGCUGGUGAAGCCUCUGGCCCAGAGGGCAGAUCAAGACACAGAUAAUUAUGCUCAGGCUUUGAAACCUUAGGAAAUCUGCCCCGCUGCACUGCAAACACUUAAAUCAGUGACUCCUUUAUUCUUUCCAUUCUCUCCUUUUAGAAUGGGAAUGUCUUAUGCUAUUUUGCAAGCUGACAACUUGUUUCUAGUUUCACAAGUCCAUAGAUGGAGAGGACACCAUGAUAGGUGAAGACUUUGGGAAAUACUGGGAUGGAGUGAGUGCAUUUUGCAUGUGAGAUGGGUAUAAAUUUGGGGGAACCAGAGGGUGGACUGUACUGAGUUUAUCCCCACAAAACUCAUGUCUACCAGGACUUAUGAAUGUGAUCUUAUUUGUAAAUAGGGUCUUUACAGAUGCAAUCAAGUUAAGAUGAGGUCAUUCAAGAUUAGAGUAGCCCCUAAAACCAAUGACUAUUGUUCUUAUAAGGAGAGACAUAUAGAAAUACACAGGGAAGGAUGCCAUUGGGGACAGAGGCAGAAAUCAGAGUGAGUUAUAAGCUAAGGAACACCAAGGACUGCUGGCAACCACCAGAAGUUAGGAAAGAGGCAUAGAACAAAUUCUCCCUCAGAGCCUCCAGAAGGAACCAACCGUGCUGCCACCUUGAUUUCAAAUGUCUGGCCCCCCAAACUGUCAGAGAAUAAAUAUCGUUUUAAGCCA